CGACGAAUGAAAGAACAAGGAGGGGACUACACAAGAUAUCGAUAAGUCUUAAACGAUACAACGAUUAAAUACCGUCGUCAUGGCCGGUCAAGAACAUCUAUGGUUACGAUACGAGCAAUGGGAUUUAUUUGAUGAACAAUCAACAACAUUACACCAACGAUCAUCAGUCUGAUCAACCGUAUGAACAGCAACAACAACAACAGCAACAGCAGCAGCAGCAACAACAAGAACAACAACAAUUAUAUGGUGAUAAGAGGAAUGAUUUACGAGAGAGAAUAUUUACGUGUCCCGAUUGUAGAAAGUCUUAUGCCGUUUAUAGAUCAUUAUGGAGGCAUAGAAAAUUCGAAUGUAUUAAUGCCAAACCGAAACUAGCAUGCGACUCGUGUCCUUAUAAGAGUCCUCACAAAUGGUGCAUAGAAAAUCAUAAGAAGAAGCAUCACAUUAAUUUUAUACAGGAUGAUCCAUUUAAUUGGAAUCAUUUCAAUGAGACUAGAAACAAAAUCUAAGAUUUUUCUUUUUAUCUUUUAUUUUUUUUUCCUUUUUCUCUUUCUGUUGCUGUUCUUUGCUUUCCUUUUAUUUAUUUUCCCUUCCUUUCAUUCUCCUCUCUAUCUUUAAUUUACAAAAAUAUUUUUUUUUUACUAAUUAUAAACGACCAAAAUUGAGAUAAAAAUUGUAUGACAAGAACUUCGUUCGAUUUUUGCUGGACUGUUAAUGCUUAACCCUUUCUUUCUAUCUAUCUAUCUCUUUUUUUGUUAUAAUUUAUAUAAUAUACUGGGUGAUUUUCUUUUUGUUUAAAUAAAUUUUGGCAAGUAGUUUCGAAUACGUUAUUAUUGUUCUUAUUGUUAAAAAUUAAUUAUUACUAUUGUUUAAUAAUUACUUACAAAGAUUUUAUAUGUUAUUAUUAUUAUUAUUAUUAUUAUUGUUGUUGUUGUUGUUAUUAAAAUGUUAGAUGUCUUUAUUAUAAUGCCUUCUUUUCGAAGGGAUAUCACUCGAUCAUCUUUUAUUUUAUUUUUUUAUACUAUUAAAGCAAUUAGAAUCAUUUUGUCAUUGCCUAAACAGAAUUAAACAAAUAUCUAGAUUAAAUUAUUCUUGAGAAGAUGAACGAAUCGAUAUCGAUAUCGACAUCAUUUUUUAAUGAAUCACGUUGCAUACAUAAUUGUAAUUUAUAUUCUUAUGUUAUUAUAUGAAAUAUAAUAUAUAUAUAUAUAUAUAUAU